AUGGAAUUCUUCGACGAGCGCCCUAAGAAGAAAAGGCGCUUCUUCGUAGAUGACCUUGAGGAUGUUGUCGAUCAUGGAGGUCACGCCACUCCCGUGAAUACCUCCAGACCCACCUCUGCCACUUCCUCUACCAGCCUCGAACAAAGAUCCAGUCAAACUGACGCUGCCGAUCUCCAACCUUCAGAUCCAGAUGGGGAGAUGUCGAAAUUCGAUGCGCAUACUUUGCGGGCUAUCAUUGGAGAAGAUGUCGGGGAUGCCACAAUUCAGAAGAUUCAGGCUGCGUCCAAUGGCAAUUUGGAAAGAGCCAUCAACAUGUACUUUGAUGGUUCUUGGAAGACGAAAACUCCCUCCCCAUCUGCAGCAACCCUAUUGCCCACGGGUAGCUAUGGUGCAUGGCGUGGAAUAUCUGCAAAAUCAGAACCUGCACCUAGCUUUUUGCCCAAUAGAACAUGGCCCAAUAAGUCUCCAAAAAUAGAGCCCCCAGCGAGUGUCAAAAAGUUUACGCAAUCAGAAGAGUCAAGCGUUGGGAACACACUGCUCCAGUCGAUGCCUACAGAGCGAUACGUAGGCUCCUUCGGCGUUGGAGCCUGGAUGACCAAGAGCGGGUCAAAUCUCCUCGCCCAUGGGGAGGCAGUUCGAAUCGAACGCUCUAAAAUCAUACCUAAAUCAAAGAUUGGGAAAGGAGGAAAGCUAGUGCCGGCCAUCGGAAGGAACCAGAAAGCUGAUGUCGUCACAAGAUUCACAAACUCGAGCGGCGAGGAACUGGGUCGCCUACCAGAAGAAACGGCCAAAUGGGUGUCCACGCUUAUUGAUCAGAAAAUGUGCCGUUUUGAAGGAAUUUGCGUUUUCGCUCCCGAUCGCGUGCGGGUUAACGAUACUGUGUACCUCCAAUUGCGUGCAUAUCUCCUGCGAUCUGCAUUUGUAGCCAGCUCCUUUGUGCAGCCACAAGAUGAUAACAGAGCCACAGGAUUCUUUGAAGAGAAUGAAAGCAGCGAGGAGAAGGGCCUACGUCUUCGGCAAGUCGCACUUGUGCAACUCUUCGAAGAAGUGAACCUCAAUCCAACAUCAACUAAUGACACGACUACGAAACAUAAGAAACAAGGUAUUUUGAAGGCAGCAGAGAUGGCUGAGCAACAUGACAAGGAGAAGGAGCCCAAGUCCAAAUCUGGAACCUCAACGCCCAAUACCGACGAGGAAGGUGAGGAACUUGAGGAAGACCAACUGGAUACGUUGUAUCAAAAAGCACAGUCCUUUGACUUCAAUACCCCCGAAGCCGAGCCUGCAUCGUCUUUUGCAUUGCAAUUGAGGAAAUACCAGAAGCAAGCACUGCAUUGGAUGUUGGGGAAGGAGCGAGAUCAGAAGUCCGAGGCGAAGCAGUCAAUGCAUCCACUGUGGGAACAGUAUACCUGGCCAACUAAAAACGCAGAUGAUAUCGAUCUCCCUGUUGUAGAAGGACAGAAUCACUUUUACGUCAACCUUUACUCUGGCGAAAUCAGUCUAGAGUUCCCUGUCCAGGAGCAGAAUUGCUUGGGUGGCAUUUUAGCUGAUGAAAUGGGACUUGGAAAAACUAUCGAGAUCUACAGUCUCAUUCACUCUAAUCGAUCCGAGAUAGAUCUGGAGGCUGGUAGCAAGCCUGUAACAUCGGUGAACGAUCUCCCCAGACUACCACAAUCUUCAGUGUUGACAGAGUCUGCCCCGUGCACAACUCUGGUCAUUGCACCAAUGUCUUUGCUUGCUCAAUGGGAAAGUGAGGCGGUGAAGUGCUCCAAGCCAGGAACUCUGAGAACGUUGGUCUACUAUGGGAGCGAUAAAACCUUGAACUUACCGGUUAUUUGUUCUGCUUCGAAGGCCAGCUCCGCUCCAAACGUCAUCAUCACAAGUUAUGGAGUCGUUUUGUCUGAGUUCAAUCAGAUUGCUAUUGCUGGAGGAGAUCGCGGUUCUCAUAGCGGACUAUUUUCAGUUGAUUUCCACCGAGUAAUACUGGACGAGGCGCAUACCAUCAAGAAUAGGCAAGCGAAAACUUCCAAAGCUUGCUACGAACUGAAAGCCAAGCACCGAUGGGUACUCACAGGUACUCCAAUCGUAAAUCGUCUAGAAGAUCUUUUCAGUCUGGUACGGUUCUUGAAAGUUGAACCAUGGAACAAUUUUUCGUUUUGGAAAACAUUCAUUACAGUACCUUUUGAAUCGAAGGAAAUUGCCCGUGCUCUCAAUGUGGUGCAGACUGUCUUGGAACCUUUGGUGCUUCGAAGGACAAAGGAUAUGAAGACUCCCGAAGGCGAAGCUCUUGUGCCGCUGCCUCCAAAGACCACCCUCAUUGAGGAAGUCGAGCUUUCUAAAACAGAAAGAGAAGUAUAUGGGCUCAUUCUUACUCGCGCUAAGCGAGCGUUCAAUGAAUCUCUCCAGGCUGGCACGUUAUUGAAGUCUUACACUACUAUAUUCGCGCAAAUUCUACGGCUAAGACAGUCAUGCUGUCAUCCCGUGCUGACCAGAAACAAGGACAUUGUUGCUGAUGAGGAAGACGCAGCCGCUGCUUUAGCUGCAGAUGACAAUGGGUUCGCGGAUGAUAUGGACUUGCAGGAUCUGAUUAACCGCUUCACAAAUGACACAGACCUUGCUUCAAAGGAUGAUACCUCUACAAAAGAUCCAAUCAGCUCAUUUCCUGCUCGAGCUCUGCGUCAAAUUCAGGAUGACUCCAGUGGUGAAUGCACUCUUUGCUACGAAGAGCCAAUGAUCAAUCCAGCAGUCACCACCUGCUGGCAUACUGCGUGUAAGGGAUGUCUUGAGAAGUACAUUUCGCGGCAACUGGAUCAAGGCCAAGCGCCUCGUUGUUUUCAAUGCCGUGAGUCAAUCAAUCCACGAGAUGUCUUCGAAGUCGUCAGAAAUAAUAGUCCUUCCAACUCCUUCGAGGCUGAGGGCGACUUAUAUGAAGGAUGUGAUACAGCUACACACGCUACAAGAAUCUCUCUCAGGAGACUUCACCCGUACUCUCCUACUGCCUCGACCUCAGCAAAAAUAGCAGCAUUGCUCAAGAACCUAUCUUCUUCGCCCAGAGGCAGUAAGUCGGUCGUAUUCUCUCAGUUCACAUCAUUUCUGGAUCUCAUCUCUCCACAGCUCACUAAACAUGGUUUUGAGCAUCUCCGCUUUGAUGGGACGAUGUCACAAAAAGUUCGCGCUCAGGUUAUUCGCUCGUUCAAUGCCGAGAACUCGUCCGAUCCCAAGGCUCCACGAGUUCUGCUACUUUCCCUUCGAGCGGGUGGAGUAGGGCUUAAUCUUACAGCCGCUAAUUACUGCUACAUGAUGGAUCCCUGGUGGAGCUUUGCAGUGGAGGCACAGGCCAUUGAUCGUGUGCACAGGAUGGGACAGACUCAGAAAGUUGAAGUGGUACGGUUUAUUACGAAAGAAAGCAUUGAGGAGAGAAUGCUUCGGGUACAGGAAAGGAAGAUGGCUGUGGCUGGAUCUCUUGGAGUCGGACAAUCAGGAUCAGGCGAAUCGGAGGAAGAGAGGAAGAAGAGGCGUAUUGAGGAAUUGGAGAUGCUGUUGAGUUGA